ACCUCUCCGGCGCAUGCGCAAAAAUCUUAUGAUUUGCCGUAAGUGGCAUAAGUGGACUUUUACGCAUUGUGUUGGCUCGAUGGGUUAAGAUUUGUAUAGCAGGUGUGAAGUAUGCCUGUCUCUGCUGUGAUUAAUGGAAUGCCUGCAACUGAUGCAGCCUUUUAUGCAAGUUUACAAUUCAUAUGGAGGAAAUGAGGCAGGAGAUCGUUGGUGAAACUCAGAAUUUCAUUAAUGUGAACGAACAAGCACCAUUGAUACAAAGGAUUUCUGUCAUUAAAAUCCUGAAUAUAAAUCGGGAACUGUUAGUCAGCAAAAUCAAGAAUACUCAGUGUAUUUUGGACAGCUUGAUUAAGGUGGAGUACUUCUCUAAUGAAGAUGUGGAGAUAGCUACACAGUUUCCUACUCAAUCAGACAAGGUACGGAAAAUCCUAGAAUUGGUAGCAAGCAAGGGAGAAGAGGUCGCAGAAUAUUUCCUAUUUAUUCUUUAUCAAGUCUCUGAUGCUUUUGUUGACUUAAUACCAUGGUUUAAAGAAAUUCAUUAUCAGCCAUCUGAACAGAUUAAGAGUAAACCUGUAGUUAACAGUGAUCCUGUGAGCCAGUAUAUUGGGAAACUGAGACACGAGCUUAUCCGUGACACCAAGUUUAUGGUUUCAUAUGCCCAAAAGGAAGAGUCCAUGUUUGAAGAUGUGUAUGCUGAAACUCUCAUAGAACUAUUGGAUAAAAAUAAUGACAUCUUAGGGAAUGUGACAAGUACAUCAGACAUUUUUAAUGAAAAUGGAGUUAUAAAUGAAGAUGCAGAAACUAUAUUCAUUACUGGAGAUGCUGGAGUUGGGAAAUCUAUUUUACUGCAAAAGUUGCAGAACUCAUGGGCCAAAAAGGAAAUUGGAACAGAUAUUAAAUUUUUCUUUAGAUUUCGCUGUAGGAUGUUCAGUACUUUCAAGAAGGAAGAUCAAAUUUCCUUGAAAGAUCUUUUGUUUAAGUACAACUGUUAUCCUGAUCUAGAUCUUGAAGAAGUUUUUAGCUACCUGCUAAGGUUUCCACAGACAGUAUUAUUCACAUUUGAUGGCUUUGACGAAAUUAAUUCAAGUUUUGAUUUAAACAGCAUUCCUGAAGUUUCUUCUCCGUAUCACCCAACCCAUCCACUUGCCCUACUGAUUAACCUUCUUUCUGGGAAAUUACUGAACGGGUCAAAAAAGAUUUUGACAGCAAGAACUGGCACCGAGUUGCAAAAAAAAAUCAUAAGAAAAAAGUUGGUGCUUAAAGGAUUUUCUCCUGACAGCCUAAAGAAGUACACACAAGCUUUCUUUAAAGAUGAAGCACUCCAUGAACAAGUACUGAAUCAUCUUGAAGCAAACCCUCAUCUCUGUAGUUUGUGCUCCAUUCCUUUGUUUUGCUGGAUUAUAUUUCAGUGUUUUGCACAUUUUCAGUCUGUUUAUGGCAUACUUAGAUUACCAGACUGUUACGUCACAUUAACUGAUGUUUAUUUAUUAAUGACUGAAAUAUUUCUCAGCAAGUCUGCAAAAGCAAAUUUAUUGAAGAAAAACAACAGAAGCCAGACAGAGACUUUCUGCUCUGGAAAGUCAUCAUUGACCUCUUUAUGUAAACUGGCGGAGUGUGGGACAGAGAAAGGUGACUUUAUAUUUGAGCAGGAUGAAAUGACUUCUCUGAAUAUUCCAGAACCUGACUUAAAGCUAGGAUUCCUCAGGGUAGCUAGUUCAUAUUCUGGUUGCGGCGAUCAGUCGACAUAUGAAUUCCUGCAUAUUACCAUGCAGUCUUUCUUCACUGCUUUUUCUCUAGUUAUGCAUGAUGCAGUAAGCUCCAAGGAGCUUCUAAAGUACUUCACUCUGUGUGAGCACACAGAGGAGAAGCAGUUCAGAGCACUCCCUUUAAACUGUAUAAGAGCUAGCAGAACUGUUGAGAAGGAUCCUUUUCAGAAUAAUGAACACUUUCAGUUCAUAAAUCUGUUCCUUUGUGGUCUGCUUUCUAAAACAAAGCAUAGACUGUUACAACUUUUUAUUCCACCCAGUAUUAUUAAGAAGAAAAGGAUACUUCUAAAGCGUUACCUUUUUAAAACUGUCAAAACUCAUCUAAAGAAUCUCCCACGGUGUAAACUGGGGGAAUUUAAUAAGGUUCAGGCCAUGCCUCAGUUUAUCUGGAUGCUGAGGUGUAUUUAUGAAACACAGAGUGAAGAUAUGGGUAAGCUGGCUGCCAAGGGAAUUUGUGCUGAUUACCUAAAACUGACUUUCUGCAAUGCAUUUUCUGCUGACUGCAGUGCUAUUUCUUUUGUUUUAUGUCAUUGUCGAAAGCAAAUUGCUCUGGAACUGGACAAUAAUAAUGUCAAUGACUAUGGAGUAAAGGAACUAAUUCCAUGCUUUAACAAGCUGAAUGUAAUUAGGCUGAGCGUUAACAUGAUAACAGACUUUGGAGUGGAAAUACUGUCAGAAGAGUUGCUAAAGCACAAAAUUGUCACUUUUUUGGGGCUGUAUAAAAAUCAGAUUACCGAUGCUGGUGCUAGAUUGGUUGCAAGAGUUAUAGAAGAAUGUCCGAGUCUGAAGACACUGAAAAUCGGAGCAAAUAAAAUUACAAGUGAAGGUGGGAAGAUACUUGCUCAAGCAAUUCAGAAAAGCAGAACAAUUUUUGACGUUGGAAUGUGGGGUAACAGUAUUGGAGAUGAAGGAGCAAAGGCAUUCGCCACAGCAUUAAGGAACCAUCCAAGUUUAACAAACUUAAGCCUUGCAUUUAAUGGCAUAUCUACAGAAGGUGGAAAAUGCAUAGCAGAAGCACUGAAGGAAAACAGCUCUGUGAGAAUAUUUUGGCUAACACAGAAUGAAUUCAAUGAUGAGGUUGCAGAGAACUUUGCUGAAAUGCUACGAGUCAACAGAACACUAACAAAUCUGUGGCUUAUUGAAAACAAAAUCACAGUUCAGGGUGCAAAAUUUCUAAUGGAAGCACUUACAGAUAAUACAGCAUUGAAGGAGAUCUGCUUGCAGGGCAACCCUAUCACUUCAGAAGAGGCAGAAGCAUUUGAAAAUGAAAAUAGAAUGUUCUUUUGAGUCGAUGGUGAGAAACUGUAAAUUAAUUACAUGAAUGGUAUUGUACAACUGUUACCUCAGAUGUCAGAAGAAAUCCACCAACAGUGAUGUGUGAUAUUCUACUACUCAGACAGCCAGACACAUCUUCAUACCUACCAUUGUGAAUUUUCUGUUAACAUUUUUCCUGGUAAUGAGGAGCUUGGCUGACAUUCAGAGUAUGAGAAGCCUGGAUCGUAUAUUUAUACCUUUAUUUUCACUCUUGCAAAUGAUUUACAUGAAGGAAGAAGUGGUUGACAAGUACUGUAUUCUGAUGCAUGAUAGCAGCGGUGCUCAAUUUCAUGUGUUAUGUAUGAAGGGCAUAGUAUUAAAGCACACUGUCAUUAAAAAUUAACACUGUUUUUUCUACGUGGAAUUAAACAGUUACCGUUGUACUGCACUGCUCUUAGCUUUAUUGUUCAGGCAGUAGUACCGCAUGAAAGACAUUAAAGUACAUUAGUGCUAGACGUAUAAAAAGUGAGGAAGCAUUUAUUAAUUCUUCAGAAAGCUCUUAUUAUACCCACUGUUUAUAUAAUAAAGUCUGACCACCUGUAUAUGUGAAAGUUGCUAUGACUCAUGUAUUACAAUAUAGUGACUGUACUUAUAAAAUACAUUUUUACUGAUGUUAUUAUUAUACAUUUUUACUGAUGUUAUUAUUCUGUGCUGUAAUAUUGAGAAGCUUUUUUCCCUGGUCAUCCCAGUGGGACAUUACCUGUGUACAAAAGUUAAAAAAAUAAACCAAAAUAUCUACAUGCCACUAACUCAAAAAAGUGUCUGAACAAGAGAUGCUACCCUAAUGAAGCAGCUGCUAAUUCUUUUCUGUAAAGCUGAUGUCAUUUAUAUUCCAUAUGAUGCAAAUGUGUAAGUACUAUUUGCAAGCUAAAAUUAGUUUGAGAGUGUGUUGCCGCAUGUUUCUUGUAGGUUCUGCUUCAGAAAAGAAAGAUGCAUUGUUUACAGGACUCAUGUUCAUGCUUACUAAACGGAGGACAGUUUUACCAGC